AUGAAUACCUCCGGUCACCAGCUACCCGCACCGCCACCCUCGGGUGCCUACUCCGACGGCUAUCCUCCGGGGGCGCACUCCAACGCCGCCUACCCUUACGCCGUGCCGCACCCCCAAUACACCAAUUACCAGUACCAUGCUCCAGUCCGGCGCGCCAAUUUCCUCCGCUACUUCCUGUUGGCGAUGAUCACCUUCAUCAUCAUCAUCGGCGCCAUUCUCUUCAUCGUCUGGCUCGUCCUCCGGCCCCGCCUCCCCGUGUUCGUUGUCGAGUCCGUGACUCUCAACAACUUCUCCAUCUCCACCUCGUCGCAGCAAGUCUCCGGGCAUUGGCUCGUCCGGUUCCAGGUCAGGAACCCUAACCAGAACAUGAAGCUAUCCUACGCCGACAUCGAGUCCUACAUCUACUGCAACUCCGAGCCCUUGAGCAGGACACGGCUGCCACCGUUCAAUCAGGGGGCAAGGAGCCAGACGGUUGUCCAGGCAAGCUUCGUGGCCAUGGACUCAUUCGUGGACGGUUGGGCUGUGAGCGGCAUUAUAGCGGAAAGAGCGAGCGGAGUCGUGAGAUUCCAGGUGAGGCUUAUCGCCUUGGCUCAGUUCAAAGCCGGAUGGUGGCCGGAGCGAAGGGCGUCGAUUCAGGUUUUAUGCGGCGACCUAGCAGUGGGGCUUCCGUCGAACGGCGAAGCGGGGAAGUUGACCGGUGGAGCAAGGGAGUGCAGGGUUGGUCUUUGA